CAUCCGGACUAUCCCAGUGUCAGAUUGGAAAGUGAAAUAGAUAAAGGCACUAUAUUAUUGAUCGCGUCGCGUAGCGACAGCGAUCUAUAGUUUCGGCUUGGUUUUUUUUUUUAUUUUACUCUCGGGUCGACCCCCAGCGUCGCUAGCUGCGGGCCAUAUCACCCUAAUCGGGAACCUGCGCACAGGUAAGUUGCUAGUUAUAUCACGUGUCACCCGUUUCGCCAGAAUGUAUCUAUUAUAAUAGCUAUGAGAUUAGUUUCAGGCGGCGGUUGUUAUAGUAGGCAGGUGACUAAUCCCGGCCAAUCUCGCGCGUCCAAUCUGGCAUCCAAUCGUCCCAGUCCUUCUACUUGAAACCACCACCAACAAACAUGGCGGCUGCAAAGGAGUGAAGCCUGAAGGUAUUAGUGCAUGUACAAAAACAAGAGGAAUAGCAGUCUUAACAAACGAUCUUAUACUUUAUCAAAUUUCAAUUUGAUACUUUUUCUUAGUAACAAUAAGUAUAUAAGGUCACGUUAUGAAAAGACGGCGUAAUUUGAAGCGAACUUUACCGGCGAUAGAAAUUGUCUCCUUCGGUAGGUCAUCCGUUCAGAGAAGAAAAGUUACCCUCACAGCGCCAGAAAUUGUGGACUCUAAUCAAAGGCGUCAGGUCGGAGAUGACGAGGAAACAUUUAGAAUGGACACGGAGAACCGAGAAACAUUUGCAAUGAAUGAUGGACAUGAGGGUGAUGAUGAAGAAGAGAGCGAUGAUGAUCAGGGCGAAGACGAAGUCACCCAGUACCGAAAAAAACAGCAGCGAGCCGCGCAAGGCUGGGAAGAUAUCCGUGAUGCAAUGUUACGGGCAGUCGUUGAGUUAGAGUGGAUUCCGGAUGGUCAACUUUGCAGCAAAUGUGCAACAUCAGAAGCAAAUUUCCGUUGCCUUCAGUGUGGAGCUGGUGUGUACUAUUGUGAACAAUGUGUGAGUGCAGAACACGCUAACAAGAAUGUGUAUCAUGUAGUAGAGGAGUGGAAGGAUAGAAUGUUUCAACCAAGUCAGAUUAUUGGCACAAGGUUAAAUCCUCGCCCAAUGCAUGCAUGCCAAACAUUGGAAACAAAAUCAAUUACUGUUAUAAGUGAAAAUGGGAUUCCCCAUCAUGUUGGUAUAGUGUCAUGCAAAUGUGAGCCAUUUUCUGUCACAUUAACAAGAUUGAGACUUUGGCCUACAAGCUGCAAGCAACCAUUGUAUGCAUUUGACUUUCGCCUAUUUGACUGGAUGGAAGCUAUGCUUUUGGAAUGUCAGGUUUCCUUACAUGACUUUUGCAAAGCAUUGCAUUUCAAACUACCUCCAUAUGUAAUUAGGAAAAAGAUUUAUCCGUUAAUCAUUGAUUGUUUUGAAGAGUACAGAUUCUUCAAGCACAGACUGCGAACUCUACAAUUUACUUGUCCAGAACUGGAUUAUGGCAACGUUUGUCCUGCUUGCCCUAGGGACAAUGGUGUACUGAUUGAGUCUUUCGAUGCCCUUUUUGGUCUACCUCGGAAAAAAAGUGCAGGAUGCAGUGUAAGGGAACCGUUGCAUCGUGAAAAUAUAUUCAACAACCAAAAAGAGGUGGACCAUUAUAUUGAAAACUAUCCGAGAAAACAGUCGUCUCAGAAGGAUUGUAGUGAUUUCAAAGCUGGUGAUGUUUUACGAUCGGCGAGUCAAUUUAAAGCACUAGAUGAAACUGCAGUGUUUGGGAGUGCCUGCAGACACGGUUUUCCCAAGCAAUUUCUCAGCUUAAAGCAUGGAGAAAGAAUUGGGUAUGCAGUAUGGCUUAUUAAAAAGAUAGCCAAUGACAACGACGGGAGAAAUAUAGAAAUGAAAAUUAUGUACGACAUUGCUUGUUUGCUCAAAAGACAUUUGCAAGCAUCUGGACAAGAAAAUUUGCUUGAAAGCAUAACACUGGCCGUACCUGCAUUUCAUAUUUAUGGCCACAAAGGCUCUUGCCAGCUUCAGUAUAGCCCAAGACGUGUUGAUGGUUUUGGGUUAACAGAUGGAGAACAACUUGAGCGUUUGUGGUCAUAUCUUCGUCGAUUUGGCAAGAUGACAAAGGAAAUGCGGCCAUCACAUAGAAUAGAUGUCUUGAGUGAUGCUAUUCUUCAUUAUUCCCGACAAUGUAAAGACACAUUGGUUUCAAAAUUAAUUAAAAAUUGGAAGAGAGCAACUGAUUGUAUCGAGGCCAGCAGCAAAAGUCUUUCUCAGCUGUCAAAAAACUCGCCAGUCGAGUUAACAGAGUCGCUUAUACAGCAACUGGCCGAAACUGAACGUCAACGUUUAUGUGGUGGGGAAGGAUAUACAUACCUAAUUGUUUUGCGCCUUCACACUUUAAAUAUCGGAUUUGUUAUAUUUAGGAAUGAGAAAUAUGUACAACAAAAUACAACUAAAAUAAUGAUUUUCAUUCUAGGUACACGAGAAGAGCUCGGAGAAACCAUCACAGCAGAAAGUCAAACGUGGGAAUCCAUUUACGUGGAUAAGUUAAAAACUUAUUACACGCUAAGAGAUAAUUUAUGUGAAGAGGGAUCUACCGAAGAUGAAGUGAUGACAGAUGUUGUAAAACGAAUUUCCAGACUCGAUAAGGAGCUUGAUGCUAUCGAAAGGUCACAUGCAGUUACCGUUCGAUGGACCCGUAACAACGAACAAUACCAAAAUGUGUUUCAAAUGCAAGUUAUUUUGAAAUGCAAGCAGCUCCUUGAAAAAAUGAAGCCGGUGUCUCAAGAACGCCUCUUUCUGCUGAAAAUUAAAGAGAAGUAUUCUGAUGGUCAUGCUUUGUCAAAGAAACUUGCUAAGCAAGUGAAAAAAUCCGACAAAAAACUAAAAGAAAUGGUAAUUCAACAUAAUUCUUUCCGUGAUUGCCUAUCGGUAGAAAACAGGCAUAAUAUCAAAGAACUGCAAGUUAGUGAUUUAAGACUUGAGGUUGAAGGUUUGCUCGGUGCUGUGGAGGAUGAGAGAGUUGCUGCUGAUCGAAUACCUUGUUCUGUUCGACGUCAAGCGAUUGACAUGCUCCAUCUCUUGCACCGGAGCAAGGAGGAAAUUCAACUUGUGGAGCUGGAAAUGAAUAGAGUGUUCAUCUAUUUUCAAAGUGAGGAGAGUCAUUUGGCCACGCAAAUUGAGCAACUUCUAACUGACAGCAAUGCUACAUCCUACACAACUGGUUCCAUUUCGUUAUUAAAAUCAACGCAGAAAAUUCUACAACGUCGGCUUCUCGAAAUGCAUGCUUCUCUGAAGACCUAUGUCAACCUACCAACUCUGGAAUUUGUUUCUUCCUUCCCAAAUGACAGUUGCUCAAUAGAAAAUUACAAUGAGUCCAGUGACAGUUGCCCAGAUGAAACGACAACAGAUGAUGAUUCCGAAAACGAAUAGCCACUUUAAGUAAAUAGCUAUGUCCAAAGUUAAUUAGUCUUCAAAAGUUGUGUAUUGUGUAAUU